GGCCGCCCUCCUGCCCGCGCCCCAGUGUCGCUGGGCUCGGGGCUCUCUGGGCAUGUCGCCUGCCGCGGGGUGCCCUGGUGCUGUGGGCGAUGUGUCCCCAUGCUCCCGUCUCCGUGUUCUUGCCCUGGACUCCUUUGUUGGAAACGCGCGCCCUGACUUGUGACACGCUUGUUAAAGUCUGGCUUUUCGCGGCUCCAAGCAGCCCUUUGAGUCACUGCUGAGGAUUUCGGCGGAACCCUUUUCAGCUGCGGACACCUGAGGAGUUAAUUUGGUUCCCGCCAGCCUGGUUAAAUUUAUUCCUUCAGUUCUGCUAUUGAGGGUGGGAGUGACGCUGGCCUCAACAUUGCUCUCAGACUAGAAGAUGAAUAAUCUUUCCUUUAGUGAGCUGUGUUGCCUGUUCUGUUGUCCACCAUGCCCAGGGAAAAUUGCGUCCAAGCUGGCGUUCUUACCUCCAGAUCCCACGUACACACUGAUGUGUGAUGAGAGUGGCGGUCGCUGGACUUUGCAUCUCUCUGAGCGAGCAGACUGGCAAUAUUCUUCUAGAGAAAAAGAUGCCAUUGAGUGCUUCAUGACUAGAACAUGUAAAGGCAACAGGAUUGCCUGUAUGUUCGUGCGUUGCUCACCUAAUGCCAAGUACACUUUGCUCUUCUCACAUGGAAAUGCUGUUGACCUGGGUCAAAUGAGCAGCUUUUAUAUAGGACUGGGUUCACGGAUUAAUUGCAACAUAUUCUCCUAUGAUUAUUCCGGAUAUGGUGCAAGUUCUGGGAAGCCAACAGAGAAGAAUCUAUAUGCUGACAUUGAUGCGGCUUGGGUGGCUCUUAGAACAAGGUAUGGAAUUCGCCCUGAAAAUGUGAUUAUAUAUGGCCAGAGUAUAGGAACGGUACCAUCUGUGGACCUUGCUGCUAGGUAUGAAAGUGCUGCUGUAAUUCUUCAUUCUCCACUGACUUCAGGGAUGCGAGUAGCUUUUCCUGAUACCAAGAAGACGUACUGCUUUGAUGCAUUCCCGAACAUUGACAAAAUUUCUAAAAUAACAUCUCCUGUCUUAAUAAUCCAUGGAACUGAAGAUGAAGUAAUUGACUUUUCACAUGGCCUGGCGUUAUUUGAGCGUUGUCAGAGACCUGUAGAGCCACUGUGGGUGGAAGGAGCAGGCCAUAAUGAUGUGGAACUCUAUGGACAGUACCUUGAAAGGUUAAAACAGUUUGUGUCACAUGAACUGGUGAACUUGUAACUUUCGUUGUGUAUUUACAUGUUUUUUUUCAUUUCACUGCAGAACUGCACACCUUGAUAAAUUUGUAAUUUAAAACCUGAAUGUUGUGUUUACAAAUCAUCUUGGUUGCCUUCAUUAAAUGUACAGGUAAUGAUUUGUCAACAUAAUUAAUGAAGGUUUUAAUGCCACAUUAUAAACUGGAAUUACAUGAUCACGCAGUCAGACUUGGCAGUUCAUAUUUCUUUGUGUGAGGUUUUUUCUUCUUAGAUAUAAAGAAAAAAAUCACAAGGGGUACUGUAAGAAAAUUUAAUUAUAUAAAACCAAAUGCUGUAAAAGUGUUGGCAAGUGCUUCAGCAUAUCAAAAACAAGUUUAUAAAUAUUUUUUAAACAUCUCAAGGUGUACUGUGACUUACUCUGUUGCACAGGUGUAAUUAAAAAACAGACUUCUAGCAGUUGUUCUGUAAAAAUGUAAUAGUCAUGAAAUUUGAGCAAAUACUAGUGUAUGUAAUAAGAAUAAACAGUCAUUAAAAUUACUCAUGCCCUGUUACAGGGAGAGGGGUGCAAAAUAGAUAUAUUUUCACAUACUUUUCAUUUCCUUUGUGCUUAGUUUUCCUUUAGUUAUUUUGUAUUCAUGUUGUCGCUUAGCUUUCAGGAUCUUCUCAGGAGUCCUAAUCUUGCCAAAAUAAUUCCACAAGUUAUCAUAAUUGUAAUGCAAGUAUCAUUCACAUGAUUACUACCGAGGCCAUUUCUUUGAAAAUAGGUGAAAUACCUCUUUGAAACCAGUAAGACUUGUAAAACCUGGAAGACUUCUUGAACCAUGUAGUUUUAAACACUGAUUUUCUAGAGCCACAGUGUGUCAUUAAGAAGAAAUUUGAUGUAUAUCCAACAUAAUAAAAAAUUUGCAACUUAGCAGUUGUCUAUCAGGCUUAAUUUUGGAUUUUAGUGUAAAAGCUUAUUGUUUCUUGAGUAUCAUAUGGAAAUUUUACUAAUCAGGCCUGGGUGUGGUGGGAGGAGAAGAGAACAUUGACAUUUUUCUAUUAACUCAUAAUUAAAUAAAUUUAAAUAGCCUUUCCCUUGAAUGCAUUUUGUGUGAAUAAAACUAUGAAAAAUAAACUUAAUUAUAUGUAGCCUAAUUGUAAACAAAAUAAUUUUCCAACAAUACACACUGUGCUUUUAAGGCCUUACAUAGUUUAACUGUUCUGCUUGUUUUUUGUGAUUGAGACUACUGUAUACUUAAAUGUAGCUUUGAGUAUUGUGAAAACUUUGGUUAAGAGGUGUUGAUUAACAGUAAACAAAAUUCCACAAACUUGCAGUUCUUCCUUUUUCUUUUUAUUCAGAGACGUAGCAGCGGUUGCUUACAGUAUCAAAAUACUUAGCAACUCCCAAUUUAUUCAAGGAAAUCUGACAUCUAAAGCAAUAACCCAUUGCUCUGAAUUGCCAACACCUUUCUGUAUCAGCAGCUUCUGUUCUGAUCACCCUCCUCUGUCUUCAUGCCUCACCUUUCUACCAUUUGCCAUUCAUCAUACAGGCUUUCUGCUGCAAUGCUGCUUGUAAACUUUUCUUCUGUAAUUAAUUCUACUAUUCCCUUCUUUGAAAUUGAAAAAAAUUCUUGUUUUGUGCACUUUGGCGAAUUAAUUGAGUAGAAAAAACAUUUAUUCUCAAGCACCUAUGUUCCUGUUUGAUUUGUUUUGAUCAAGGAUCCCUCAGUGAGUUCUGAAGUUGAGUAUAUUCAGUAACAGCAACAUUAGACUCAAGCAUUUUCAUCCUAGUUCAAGACUUUUGGAGACAGAUGCGUAACUCAGCUUUAUAACAUUGUACAUAAUCAUAGUUUGAUUUCCUUUUCUUACUACCUUCUAGCCACUAUCUCAGAUGGAAAUCAUUACCAUUAAAUGUUUAAGUGCCUUCUUUGUGAUGAAUGAAGCUUGUUUUGAGAUUUGCCUUCAGGAAUUCCUAAAUAAAGAGUGUAGAAGUACAAUGUUAAGUGAUACAUACUGUCUGUAGUUGGUUGCCUGCCCAUUGCAGGCAAAUGAUCAACUGUCAUCACAAGAACUAUCUGAUUGUUCUGGGGAUAUAACGGCACCCUGUAAUUGAAAAAGACAGAAAAGGUGUCAUAGCAGUUUUGCUGGUUUUGUUUCUGUGUUUUGUUGAAGCAGAACAAAAGAUCUGACUAACAGUGUUUUGUCUUCAGUAUGUGCAGCUGUGCUGGAUUGCACUGGUGAGUAGAGAUUCUGGUCUAUUUUGCACCAUUUAUGCAUGGUUAAUAUUGCCAGUUUGUGCUAAUUUGUUUUAUACCUGUAUUUUUUUUCAGAUGGGUUGUACAUGAAGGAAUUUAAAUGGGUUUUAGGCAUAGCCUAGCCUGUAGUGCAGAUUGUAUUAUGGCGGCAAACUUGUUGCUUGACAGAAAGCAAAUCUGAUCUAUUGCAGUGAUGAGGAAAACAUUUGACAUCCUGAUUGUCUUAUCCUUAUACCGUCAUUUUGGUGAAAUUGACAAUGGGCUGUUGUUUAAUGUUACAGAUGCAAUUGUCUUCUGAUAAAUAAAGUUGAUUCAGCAUUCAUUGAAAAGACAAUGCCUGUAUUUUAGGGGAAAAGAAAAGCAGUUUGUAAGCCUCGUGGUGUUAGUCCUCGUUAUGUUUUUUUUUCUUUAAGAGAUGCAUUUGACAGUAAACUGUCUUUUUCAGUUCUGGAAACCUUGGCAAAUCAGUUUUCAAAACAACUCCAUGUAUGUAAAAUAUGUGAUUAGAUUCUAAAAGGGGCGUCCAUUUGGGACAAUGUUUUGUUUUUACGAUCACAGCUCUGUAAAACUCCCCUCUCUUUACCUUCCACUUCUGGCAGAAAGGAAUUCUAGUGCAUGCUCAGUUAGCUACUCUUAUUGAUUGAUUUUAAACUUGCUUUCCUUUUCAAUACUUUUUUUUACUGGGGGAAAGUAUGCUUGUUUAUUUCUGGGCUUCUUUAAUUGGUGACAUUGGACAACAAGGUACUGCUUUUAUGGAAUAUUCCAGGUCCUAAUUUUUCAGGAUACUAAUUUUUCUCAUUACACUGUAGGCAUUGUUAAUAUCUUAAAGUCAGAUAUAAGGAAAAUAGUGUGUAAAUAGGGGGCUGAUUGGUUAAAAACUUUGCAGAAAAGGAGUUGGGGACCCUGCUGGGACAGGCUGCAUAUGAGCCAGCAAUGUGCCAUUACACCAAAGGUGAGCAAGAGCAUUCCAGAUCUCAUAGGCAGAGAUUUACCAGCAGGACAUAGGAAAUUAU